GCUCAUCCUGCACUGGGUGCGCCGCAACCUCCUCUUCCUCGAGUUCGCGCUCGAGACGACUCAGAAGUCAAGCCACUCCCCUUCCCCCCAACUUCCGCUCACAUCCCCCCCUAUCUCCCCCGUUUCCCCCCUUCCCCCCCCCAGUCUCGUCCUGCACUGGGUGCGCCGCAACCUCCUCUUCCUCGAGUUCGCGCUCGAGGCGCGCUUCGGAAGCGGCGCGGAGAACGGGUGGGUCGCAGUGGGAUGGUCGCACGACGGUCGCAUGGUCCCGAGCAUGGCGAUCGUGGGAUCUCCGGCCGGCAUUGCCGCCCAAGCCCCGGGCGGCAAGGGGAUCGGUUCGGGCGGCAAAGUGGGUGUUCUGGGCGGCGCGGCUGGCGUGGCGUCGUAUGCUAUUAGCGGGUAUAAGCGGGAGGAUGUGCGACGGCUGGUGGAAAGCGCAGGGAACGGGGGUGGAGGAGAGUCAGCUGGUGCGUGUGAUGAGUCAGCUGGUGCGUGUGAUGAGUCAGCUGGGGCGUGUGAUGAGUCAGCUGGGGCGUGUGAUGAGUCAGCUGGGGCGUGUGAUGAGUCAGCUGGGGCGUGUGAUGAGUCAGCUGGGGCGUGUGAUGAGUCAGCUGGGGCGUGUGAUGAGUCAGCUGGGGCGUGUGAUGAGUCAUCUGGGGCGUGUGAUGAGUCAGCUCUGUUCUCUCUCUCGCUGCUCCCCCCUCCAUUGCCUCUCCCUCACAUUCGUCCUACGUUCCUCCCGUUUUCAGGCUUUGAGACUUCCUUUUUCCCACGUUUCAUUCCUACCCUCCCCUCCGUGCAUCCCUCCUUCUCCCACGUUUCACUUAGCUGGCUUACUCUGGACCUCUCCCGUUUGUGGAAAAAGGAAUCUAAUAUUGGAUUGGAAGAAACAACCCUUUCCCACCCCCCCUUCCCCAUCACAUCCCCAUUCCCAUUCCCUUCCCCCCUUGCGUUCUUUCUCUCCCGUUUUCCCCUCCCUUCCUCUCUUUCUCUCCCGUUUUCCCCUCCCUUCCUCUCUUUCUCUUCCCUUUUCCCCUCCCUUCCUCUCUUUCUCUUCCCUUUUCCCCUCCCUUCCUCUCUUUCUCUUCCCUUUUCCCCUCCCUUCCUCUCUUUCUCUUCCCUUUUCCCCUCCCUUCCUCUCUUUCUCUUCCCUUUUCCCCUCCCUUCCUCUCUUUCUCUUCCCUUUUCCCCUCCCUUCCUCUCUUUCUCUUCCCUUUUCCCCUCCCUUCCUCUCUUUCUCUUCCCUUUUCCCCUCCCUUCCUCUCUUUCUCUCCCCUUUUCCCCUCCCUUCCUCUCUUUCUCUCCCGUUUUCCCCUCCCUUCCUCUCUUUCUCUUCCCUUUUCCCCUCCCUUCCUCUCUUUCUCUCCCGUUUUCCCCUCCCUUCCUCUCUUUCUCUUCCCUUUUCCCCUCCCUUCCUCUCUUUCUCUUCCCUUUUCCCCUCCCUUCCUCUCUUUCUCUCCCCUUUUCCCCUCCCUUCCUCUCUUUCUCUCCCGUUUUCCCCCUCCCUUCCUCUCUUUCUCUUCCCUUUUCCCCUCCCUUCCUCUCUUUCUCUCCCGUUUUCCCCUCCCUUCCUCUCUUUCUCUUCCCUUUUCCCCUCCCUUCCUCUCUUUCUCAUCCCUUUUCCCCUCCCUUCCUCUCUUUCUCUUCCCUUUUCCCCUCCCUUCCUCUCUUUCUCUUCCCUUUUCCCCUCCCUUCCUCUCUUUCUCUUCCCUUUUCCCCUCCCUUCCUCUCUUUCUCUUCCCUUUUCCCCUCCCUUCCUCUCUUUCUCUUCCCUUUUCCCCUCCCUUCCUCUCUUUCUCUCCCGUUUUCCCCUCCCUUCCUCUCUUUCUCUUCCCUUUUCCCCUCCCUUCCUCUCUUUCUCUUCCCUUUUCCCCUCCCUUCCUCUCUUUCUCUUCCCUUUUCCCCUCCCUUCCUCUCUUUCUCUCCCGUUUUCCCCUCCCUUCCUCUCUUUCUCUUCCCUUUUCCCCUCCCUUCCUCUCUUUCUCUUCCCUUUUCUCCUCCCUUCCUCAAUCCAGCUUCUCCCGCAGCCUCAGGCUCUGCCUUUGUGGACUACAUGUGCGGCCUGCUCGCCUCGCCUGCACGGCAGUCCUGCCUUCCCGCUCACCUAGCCGUUCCCCAUCCUUUCCCCACACCCACCUUGCCUCCCUUCCCCCCUUCUUUCACCAGGGGCUCUGCCUUUGUGGAUUACAUGUGCGACCUGCUCGCCUCGCCUGCCAUCUAUUCCCCUUCACCCCCUCCUUUUUCUGCGCCCACCUCCCUGUUUUCCCCCUUCCCUCCCCACCAGAGGCUCCGCCUUUGUGGAUUACAUGUGCGACCUGCUCGCCUCGCCUGCCCGCCAGUCCUGCCAGCCGUCCACCCUGCCCGGCUACAGCUGCAUGCUACAGCUGCAGGGCGACAGGCCACAGGUCUCAGCAGUCCUGCCAGCCGUCCUCCCUGCCUGGCUACAGCUGCUACAGCUGCGGACAGUUUCACCCUCCACUGGCAUCUCACUCCCUCCUCCCUCCUCCUCGCUGCUGACGUGGCAACCACCGGUUGGGUGGCUCUCGGCUGGUCCAAGGACGGCAAGAUGGCCGGCAGCGAGGCAGCCAUUGGGAACCUGCCACGUGGCACCAGCAGGGCAGGCGGCGGUGCUGACGUGGCAGGAAAGGAGGAACAGGCUGUGGGUUCGUUCCUGAUUGGUGGAUACGAGAGGAGCGCCAUUCGUCCGGCUCCGAAGGUCACUGUGACUAAUGCGAGUGUGACAACAACGAGCAGAGGAAGGAUUGUGAUGAGGUUCGAGCGGCCACUAGUGAACGGACAGCUGCCGCUUUCUGCUGCUGACGUGGCAACCAUCAUCUGGGCGUACUCCGAUGAAGGUUCCAGGAAGCUCGCCUUCCACGGAAACAACAGAUCAGCCAUCAUAACCCAUGCCAGCUGCCUCAUCACCGCCCUCCUCGUCCUCAUGCCCUCUGCUCCCGCCUUUCUGUCCCUUUUCUCUGGCUCCUUAUUCCCCUUUCUCUACCUCUCACCCUCACAGGGGUUCAGUGUCUAUCAACCUUAUCUGCCCCUUGUGAAACUGAUCAAACUCUUCUUUUCCCCUUGUCUCUCUUGCCUUUCCCUCCCCCUUCUCUCCUCCCUCAACAGGGAGCCACUUCGCCUUGCUGAAGCCAACGCCCAGCUGGACGCCAGCAUGGCUAGUUUCGCCCACGCAGAGUCAGCCUCCCCGGAUGCUGAUGUGGCGGGCUCACGAGGCGCCACAUCAGCACGCACCGCCCAGCAGCGGCGGCAGGAAGGGGGGGAUGUGAUUUCCCAGCUGCAGCAGAGCCGAGCAUUCUGGUUCGCAUGGCACAAGUACCUGCAGGUGGCUGCGCUCGUCUGUAUCUGCAUCGGCCUCCUCCUCCACUGGACCGUCCACCCUGCCACGUCAUCAGUCCACAUGGCACUAGAGGCCAAGCCGGAGAGCGGCGCGGAGGCAGGCUGGCUUGCGAUUGGCUGGUCCUGGGACGGGCGAAUGGCAGGCAGCGACGCGAUAGUAGCCAACAUGGCAGGGGGAGGGUUGAAGGCUACAGGGCCGCUCAUGGCAGUCCACUCGUUCAAACUUCUCCCUGCUCGCCUUGCUGCUCCCCUCCCUCCUCCCCCCCCUGCUCCCCUCCCUCCUCCCCCCCCUGCUCCCCUCCCUCCUCCCCCCCCUGCUCCCCUCCCUGCUCUCCUCCCUGCUCCCUCCCCAUGCGCUCUCCCUCCCAUCAGGUUCAAUCAGGCAGCAGGGGACGUGGCGGCAGUGCCUCUGGCACUACAUGCCUCCAACGUUUCAGAGGACAGCAGGUUCAUGCGGACAUCAGGGGACGUGGCGGCGGUGCCUCUGUCACUAGAUGCCUCCAACGUCAUUCUCUGGGCGCACUCCCCGGACAACUUGCACACGCCACUCUACCACGGGCCCCACCGGCGCAUUGCUUCUGGACUACUCCUGCGCCUCCCCCCCUCGCCACCCCCCGGUGGCCCCUCCAACGCUGCGUGGCAUUGCCUUUUCAUCCUCCACUGGCGAGUCAACAAGGCUUCAAUCACCCUCGCAGCCAAUUCAAACCACUCCACCUCUGCUCUCCCCACCCCUUUGCAACCCCCCCAUCCCCCCUUCGCCCCUCGUAGUUUCAUCCUGCACUGGCGGCUUCAUCCUGCACUGGCGGGUCAACAAGGCCUCAGUCUCUCUCUUGCAGCCGAUGCAGCCACGACAGGCUGGGUGGCUCUCAGCUGGUCCCGCCUCGGCCGCAUGGCUGGCAGCGAUGCAGCUAUAGGCAACCUGCUGCUGCUGCCCUGCCCUGCUCGCGUUGUCAUUUCCUCUUCUUACCCCCUUCAUCCUGCACUGGCGGGUCAACAAGGCCUCAGUCUCUCUCUUGCAGCCGAUGCAGCCACGACAGGCUGGGUGGCUCUCAGCUGGUCCCGCCUCGGCCGCAUGGCUGGCAGCGAUGCAGCUAUAGGCAACCUGCUGCUGCUGCCCUGCCCUGCUCGCGUUGUCAUUUCCUCUUCUUACCCCGUCUCCUGUUCCAAACUACUCCCCCCCUCCUCCCCACUCCUCUCCCAGCUUCAUCCUGCACUGGCGGGUCAACAAGGCCUCAGUCUCUCUCUUGCAGCCGAUGCAGCCACGACAGGCUGGGUGGCUCUCAGCUGCUUCAUCCUGCACUGGCGGGUCAACAAGGCCUCAGUCUCUCUCGCAGCAGACGCAGCCACGACAGGCUGGGUGGCCCUCGGGUGGUCCCGCAUGGGCCGCAUGGCCGGCAGCGAUGCCGCAAUAGGCAACCUGCCGUACGGGGCAACGGGCAUGGGCAUGCCGGCAGUGGGAGCGUUCUCUAUCGGGGGGUACAGCCGCGAGUCCAUCGGCCUCUCUGAGCUGUUUCGAGCCGCCAAAAGCGGCGUUGCCACUGCCAAUGGCAGGACUCUGAUUUGGUUCGAGCGUGUUUUUGGAGCAGGCAUGAACCCCAUGCACGAGAAUGGGCUGGCCAACAUCAUAUGGGCGUACGCUGGGGAUGGGUCGCAGAACCUGGAAUUCCACAUGCAGAACAGGGGCGCCACCCAGCAGCAGCAGCAGCAGCAGCAGCAGCAGCAGCAGCAGCAGCAGCACUCCACCACCACCACCACCAACGCCCCCUCCUCUUCCUCCUCCUCCCGUCCCGCUGCUCCUCCCGACGAUUCCCCUCCUCUCUCCCCCCCGCUCUCCCCAACCACCAGCGCAUCCCUCCUCCAAGCCCACCCCUUCCUCCCUUCUCUCUCCUUCCUCCCAAACCUCCAACUCCACGCCCUCUCCUACCACCAAUACCUCAAUCUCUCAGCCCUCCUCUGCUGCCUCCUCGGCUGCACACUCGCGUUCGCAGCCGUCGGAUCGGACGGCCUGAGCCAAUCGCACGUGUUGGGGAGGGAACUGGAGGGUUGUAGGGGCGGGGUUUGUAGGGGUUUCCGGGGGUGGCUGCUGCUGGUGCUGGUGCAGCCGGUGUUAGGGUUUCUGCGGCCGGCAAAGGGAGCGGCUAGCAGGCUGUCUUGGCGGUUUGCGCAUGGGCUGCUGGGGCUGGCAGUGCUGGGCAUGGGGUGGGCCAACGCCUUCUCUGGCUUGAAGCUCUACAGCAUCGUCUUCUUCUCAUCUGUCACGAAGCCGGGGCGGGACUUAGCAGGUGGCACGGCACAAGCCGGGGCGGGACUUAGCAGGAGCCGCGCGGCAGGAGAAAUCAACAGAGAGGCGGCCACUGGGGGAGGAAAGGGGAGUGACAUUAUUGG